AUGGUUGAAAACACCCUCUCUCUAGACAGCUACAGGAUUUAUAACAGUGUCCAGGCUGUGGCACAUGCCUUAAAUGCUGCAUAUUCAUCCAGACUGAAGUGGAGGGUGAUGGAGGAGGGAUACAAGUGGAACCUUCAAACCCUGCCUAAUUCCAGGUGCACUGAAAGCUGCCAUCUGGGGUACGUCAAGGUGAUUCAGGAAAAAAUGCCGGUGUGCUGCUAUGAUUGUGCUCCAUGCACAGAAGGAACAAUCUCCACUCAGGAAGAUGCAGAGCAUUGCAGCAAGUGUCCAGAUGAUCAGUAUCCAAACAAGCACCGAGAUCAAUGUGUUGCCAAGAAUAUAAAUUUCCUAUCCUAUAAAGAAAUGGUGGGGAUAAGUCUAGCUUCCUUUGCCCUAUUCUUGUCCCUAGUCACAGGCUCUGUGUUUGCAAUCUUUGCAAAAUACAUGGAAACUCCAAUGGUCAAAGCCAACAACCGGGACCUCUCCUUCAUUCUUCUCAUCUCCUUCUGGCUUUCCUUCUUGUCCUCCUUUCUGUUCAUUGGCCGACCUAGACAGGUGACCUGCCUUCUCCGACAAACGGCCUUCAGCAUCAUCUUCUCGGUUGCCCUCUCUUCUGUGUUGGCCAAAACCAUCACAGUGGUGGUUGCAUUCAUGGCGACAAAGCCAGGGAACAGGAUGAGGAGAUGGAUGGGGAAGAAUUUGGCCAACUCCAUUGUCAUUUCCUGUUCUGGUGUUCAAAUUAUCAUCUGCAUAAUUUGGCUGGAAAUCUCUCCACCUUUCCCAGACUCUGACAUGCACUCGCAGGCUGGACAGAUCAUCCUGCAGUGCAAUGAAGGGUCUGUUGCCAUGUUUUACAGUGCCCUUGGCUACAUGGGCUUCCUGGCUGCCAUCUGUUUCACGGUGGCUUUCCUAGCCAGGAAGCUGCCUGGGGCAUUUAACGAAGCCAAGUUGAUCACCUUCAGCAUGUUGGUCUUUUGCAGUGUUUGGGUCUCCUUUGUGCCUGCCUAUCUGAGCACGAAGGGGAAAUUCAUGGUGGCUGUGCAGGUCUUCUCUAUCUUGGCCUCCAGUGCUGGGUUACUGGGUUGCAUCUUUAUUCCCAAAUGCUACAUUAUUGUAGUGAGGCCUGAUCUGAAUACAAAGGAGCAUCUAAUGAUGAAAGCUCAAGAUAGCAUCUGA